AUGUAUCUGAAUUACUUCGCGACGGACGUCUUCCACAGGAGCGCCGUGUGUGAAUCCGACGCCUGCCGAGCCGCGAAAACGAUGAUUGGCGACGUGUUCAAGUGGCGAUUCGACGCCGACCGACUCUGGAGCCUGCUCGCGAAUCGCGACGAGCACUUCCCGCACAUCCGAGCACGACGCUUCGUUUCCGAGCACAUCGGCCUCUUUGUGCAGGUAUUUUAUGCGUUGAAAGCGGAAAAAUUCCGAGUUUUUUGGGAAAAUAAAACAUAAAAGCGGAAAUACUCGAUUUUUGAUUUUUAACAGUCGGAAUAAUCGUAAAUUGACGUAAAAAACAAACUAGAACUGGAAUUUCUUGUUGCCGAUCGAGUUUAGGCUUAAAAUUACGCUGUGAAACCAGAAUUCCCCGCAAAAAAGUUCACUCUGUAACUUUUAACCCAAAGUAAUUUGAAAUUGGUGGGAUUUAUUGGCCUAGAAUAGAGGAAUUAAAGCAGAAAAAUCGAAUUAUAAUGGGGUUAUUCAGGCUGUAAAAAAAAAAAUGAUUUUUUUUCCGUUUUUUUUACGUCAAAAAACGCAAUUCAGCGGUGUAAAAAAAACGAAAUAAAAAACGGAAAAAAACCUACGCUGAAUAGCCCCAUUAUGUAUAACUUGUCCACUUUGCAUCAAACCGCCUUUUUUUCAGAUGACGGUCGCCUACAUGAUCAUAAUCUUCUCGAUCAAACGAAUAAUGCGGAACCGCGAGCCGUUCGAACUGACCAACGCCCUGCGGCUCUGGAACUUUGCGCUCUCGGCGUUCUCGAUCUACGGCUCGUGGGUCAUGUUCCCGCACAUGAUCGCGCAGAUCCGCUCGCUCGGACUCUACGGAUGCGGCUGCGAGGGACUGACGACUCUUCCAAGCGACGCCGAGUACUGGCUCUUUCUGACGGUCCUCUCGAAGGCGUUCGAGUUUGUCGACACGAUAUUCCUGGUGCUGCGCAAGAAACCGCUCAUCUUCCUGCACUGGUACCACCACGUCGCCACAUUCCUCUUCUUCAGCGCCACCUAUCCGACGCCGUCGUCGCAGAUCCGCGUCGGCGCCAUCGUCAAUCUGUUCGUGCACGCCUUCAUGUACCCGUAAGUUCUGUGCAUAAAAGAGUCCGGUGGAAGAGACCACUGUCUUCAGGUACUAUUUCAUUCGCUCGAUGAACAUCAAACUGCCCGCCAAGAUCUCGAUGAUGGUGACCGUCCUGCAGCUGACCCAAUUCAUGUGCUUCAUCUACGGCUGCACCCUCAUGUACUACUCGUUGGCCACCAACCAGGUCGCUCUCAAGAUCAUUGUCCCAUUCUUUUGAGAUUCGCCCAUUUCAGUACACGUGCGACACGCCGAUGUUCGCCCUCAACUCGACGUUCGGCCUCAGUCUCUCCUACUUUGUGCUCUUUGCCAACUUUUUCCACAAAUCGUACGUGCAACGUGGCGGAAAGGACAAGUAUCGACAGAAGAAGGACGAUUAG